AUGGCGGCGGAGCGGGCGAUGGCGCGUGCGCAUCCCGAGCCGCUCGCGGCAAGCGCGUCGACGAUUCAAAGCGACCCUCCUGAUAUGGAAGAUGACGCGAGCAGCGCCUCGGAUGGGGCGUCCGCACUCGCAGGCCAGCGGCACGGCGCGCUGCUGCAGCCAGAGGUGGAGGACUGGAUGCUGCUCGAGUCGCCGUACAUGACGCACUGGAGCAACAAGCGGCACACGACGAACGGCGACCCCCGCGCGCGCAAGACGCGUGAUCUGCCAGACUGGCGCAUGCGUGAGCGCCUGCGCACGGUGACGGCGGCGCUCGUGAUGUGCCUCAAUAUCGGCGUGGACCCGCCGGAUGUAAGCAAGACCAACCCCUGUGCCAAGCUGAUCUGCUGGAUGGAUCCCGAGUCGCUCGAUGCGAGCAAGGCACUCCCGGCGAUUGGGCGCAACCUGCAGGUGCAGUUUGAGACGCUCAGCAUGAAAACGCGCUACAAGCAGUACCUCGACCCGAUUGUCGAAGAGACCAAGCGCUUUUGCACCAACCUGCGGCGCACCGCCAAGGACGAGCGGGUGCUGUUCUACUAUAAUGGCUACGGCGUGCCAAAGCCCACGCCGGGCGGCGAAAUCUGGGUGUUUAACAAGGCCUACACGCAGUACAUUCCCCUCACACUGUAUGACCUCCAGACCUGGCUGGGGUCGCCGUGCAUCUACGUGUGGGACACGAGCGCGGCGGGCAACAUCAUCGCCAACUUCCACCGCCUCGCCGAGGCGCGCGCAGAGGAAGAGGCGAAAAUCGCGCUCAGCGAGGGACGCGACCCGCCGCCGCUGCCGAACGCCGACGGGAUCACGAUCGACGCGCAUGGCGAGGAGCAGUUUCCGCUGCGCGAGUCGAUCCACCUCGCUGCGUGCGGCGCAGACGAGGUCCUGCCGAUGAACCCGGAUUUGCCGGCGGAUCUCUUUACGUGCUGCCUCACGUCCCCGAUCGAAAUUUCGCUGCGCUGGUUCGUGCUGCAGAACCCGCUGCCGAGUGCACUCAAUGUCGAUAUGGUAAUGAACAUUCCCGGCCGGCUGCAGGACCGCCGCACGCCGCUCGGCGAGCUCAACUGGAUCCUCACGGCGGUGACGGAUACGAUCGCAUGGACUGUGCUGCCCCGCGCGCUCUUUCGCCGCUUCUUCCGCGACGAUUUGAUGGUCGCUGCGCUGCUGCGCAACUACCUGCUUGCCGAGCGCAUCAUGCGGUUCUACCACUGCACGCCGAUGAGCCACCCCAAGCUGCCGGCGACGCACAACCACCCCUUGUGGGACUCGUGGGACCUCGCGGUGGACCAGUGCCUGGCGCAGCUCCCGACGCUCCUCGCCAAGGAGCAGGCGCGUGUGGACGCGGCCAACGGCGGCGAUCCGAUGCCGCCGCACCUCGCGGCGUUUGAAUACCACCACAGCUCGUUCUUCAGCGAGCAGCUAAAAGCGUUCGAGGUCUGGCUCUCGCAAGGCGACGUGAGCCGCCGUGCGCCGCGCCGGCGUGUGCGCCACUUUCCGGCGGUGGACAAGUCACAGGAGGGGACGCGCAGCGCGUCCGAUGCUGCCGCCGCCGCCGCCGAUGCAGCCGCGCUGGAGGAGGAGAGCGAGGAGGAGGACGCGCCGUUCGAGCACGAUCCUCCCAGCCAGCUCCCGAUCGUGCUCCAGGUGCUCUUGUCGCAGGUGCACCGCCUGCGUGCGCUGAUCCUCCUUUCGCAGUUUUUGGACUUGGGCCCCUGGGCGGUGAACCUUGCGCUGAGCAUCGGCAUCUUUCCGUACGUGCUCAAGCUUUUGCAGAGCCCGGCGGCGGACCUCAAACCCGUGCUCAUCUACAUUUGGGCGCGCAUCCUGGCUGUGGACCACAGCUGUCAAGUGGACCUGCUUCGUGAUAAUGGCUACAUGUACUUUGCCGCGGUCCUCUCCCCGUUCCAAAACGGCGGCAGCGGCGCGUGGGCCGGCAGCGCGAAUGGCUCGCUUCCGAUCCCCAACGUGUCGGAGCACCGUGCAAUGUGCGCAUUUAUCAUCGCCGUCUUUUGCCAAGACUUUGCCCCGGGCCAGGACGCGUGUCUGGAGACGGACGUGAUGGACAGCUGCCUCGAGCACCUCGAGGACGACGACUUCCUCUUGCGGCAGUGGUCUGCGCUGUGCCUCGCGCAGCUGUGGGACGCGAGCGAUGCGGGCAAGUCGCGUGCGAUCGCCAAGGACGCACACGGCAAGCUGUGCUGCCUCUUGAGCGAUGCGUCGCCCGAGGUGCGUUCCGCGAUGCUCUUUGCGCUCGGCGUGCUGCUCGGCACGAGCGCCUCGGCGCACGACCCGCUCGAUGCGAAUACCAGCGCGCAUCCGCGCCGCGAGCCGCGUGCGCACGGCGACCGGCGCGAGUGCAUCGGCACUGGCUCCAUGACGGGCCUCGCCCCGAGCCGCCAGCGCAGCCUCGAGGUCGGGAUCGGGAUCGCGAUGCUCUCGUCCGCAUCCGACUGCUCGCCGCUCGUGCGCAAAGAGCUCGUCGUGACGCUCAGUGCGCUGGCCGCCAACUACGAGGGCUUCUUUGUCUUGGCCGCAUACAUGUACUAUGCGCGCGACCAGGACAAGGCAGCGAGCGCCGGCUUCUCCACGUCUCCGUCGCGCAUCUCGGCAGACGUGAACCAGCGCGUGGAGUACGAGGAAAAGCUCCUCGCAUCCGUCUUUUCGGCCGUGCUCGAGCGCGGCGAGGACGUGACGCAGGAAGACAUUGCGAAUGUCCCCGCGUUCCUCUCGCUGUUUGUCACGCUGCUCGACCUGAGCGUCGAUCCCCACGUGGAAGUCGCGUCACUCGCGGCGACUGUCGUCGACCGGAUCCUCGCGACGGUGGUCGAGAGCGGUCUGCUCGAUGCGCCGGACAGUGUGCUGCGGGUCCUGGCGCCUGGCGACCUUGCCGCGCCGCACACCGUGCCGACGCGCCUCGUCGACGGCCAGCCCAAGAAGGAGACGCGCCCGGCAGACGAGCCGCGCGCGCCAAGCACGCCGCGGCACUCGGCCUUUUCGCGGACGGUGACCGCGCUGCGCUCGCUCGGUGGCUAUACUGGCCCUACGUCGCCGCGCACGUCGGUCGAUACGAGCGACGAGCGCAGCACUGUCACAGUAGCGGGCCCCAAGAUGCAGGUCGCCGACGAGCCGCAAAAGGUGACGUAUGCAGCGUACGCCUCGCCGUACGGCCCGACCGAGGCGCGGCGCCCUGGCCCGCGCUCGCGCUCGCCACUGCACGUCGACGUGGCGCUCGCGACGCUGCUUGCCGCGGACCUGCACCGCCUGAGCACGCGUGCGUCCGAGGACGACGGCGCGCGUCCCCCCCUGCGCGACACGCUCCCCCUCAAGAGUCGCCUGUUUGCAUGGUGCAGCGAGUACUUUACCGAGCCGCAGAUGAAGUCUGCCGAGGCCGACGAGCCCGGCAGCGUGCAGUACAACCGCCAGACGUGGCGGCGGCAGCGCAGCGAGCAGUACGUCGCCGAGGCGGUCGAGCAGAGUAUCGGUGCGGACCUUGCGCGGUGGUCGCAGCCGAUCGGCACGCUGCAGGUCGCCUCGCCCCCGUCGCUGCUUGCCUUUCACGAGUUUGAGAGCGUGCUGGUGACUGCGAGCGAGCACAACCUCGUGUCUGUCUACGACUGGGACGAGAAGCGUGUCUUGCGUUCGUUUGCAAACAGCAACCGCCCCGGCACGGAUAUCACGUCGCUGGCGUUUAUCAACGAAGAGGUGAAUGCGCUGCUGCUCACCGGCUCGGCGGACGGUGACGUGCGCAUCUUCCGCACGUACGACUGCCCGUCGCACAUGAACCACGGCCCCCAGCUUGUGAGCGCGUUCCGUGCGCUCCCGGACCUGAUCCGCUCGAAAUACCCCAGCGGCCUGCGCGUCGCGUGGCAGCAAGUGAGCGGGCGCCUGCUUGCUGCCGGCGACUCGCGCCUGAUCCGGACGUGGGACGCGCACCGCGAGCUGUGCAUCGCCGAUAUCCCUACGCACGCAAGCAGCUGCACGACGUCCAUCUCGUGCGACAGCGAGCUGGGGCACCUGUUUGUCGCCGGCUUUGGCGACGGGUCGAUUGGUGUGUACGACCAGCGGAACCCCCCCGCGUCGAGCAUGGUGCGUCUCUGGGAGGAGCACAAUGCAUGGGUGCAGACCGUGCACCUGCAGAAGCACGGUAACCGCGAGCUGCUCUCGGCGAGCGUCGACGGCGAGGUGCGCGUGUGGGACAUCCGCGCGCGCUCGUCGCUGCAGCAGACGUGCCUCACGCCGCAGCUCGGCGGGACGCUCUCGAGCUUUGCCGUGCACGAGCGCAUCCCCGUGUACGCCGCGGCGGCGACGCCGCAUCCCGCCGGGCAGUCGUACGCCCAGGCGGUGCAGAUGGGCACUAUCGACGGGCUGCGCACGCUCGGCCGUCCGUUCCAGCGGACGCUGCAUUUUCCCGCGCACCACCUCGGCUACCGCACGCCGCGCCUGUCGCCGCCAUCGGCGUACUCGCCCGCGACGUCGCUCGUCGCCUUCCACCCCCAGCACCCGAUCGUCGCGUACGGCGGUAUGGACCAUGUAUUGGAGCUGCGGCGCUAUGUAGGACAGUAG